AUGGAUAUCGACGAGCGCCCACACAAGAAGAGGAGGUUCUUCGCGGAAGGAGGUUCGGCCGUCGAUGCGCCCUUCAGCUCCGAAUCGUCAAUUCCCGAAGAAUCCAGCACACCUGAACCAAAACCAGCGCAGCUCGAAACGACUCUUGAUGGCGUGGCGAACAAGGAGAAUGCGUUCGAUGCAGACGCCUUCACCAGUAUCGUCGGUAGCGAUGUCUCGGACCGCGACAUUCGGAGUCUGCAAAGCAUCCACGGCAGCAACCUGGAGCAGGCCAUCAAUGCCUACUUUGACGGUUCGUGGAAGAGCAGCGUGCAGAAUGUGGAAUCGAAGCGGCAGCAAAAGUUGGAUGUGGGACGGGACUCGACACAAAACGGCUCGAAGAGUCCUGCUGAAAGUACAUCCAAUUCCAAUGCUACGCCACAUCGCCCGGCAUUGGAGACGAUGCCAAAGAUGCGCUACAUAGGUGCUCUGGGCGUUGCYGGGUGGACAACUCGUAGCGGCAAUGGUCUCCUCAAAACCAAUGACCUGGUCAAGAUUCAGCGUAUUCGACAGCAGCUGCCACAGACAUCUGGUAAAGGGGGCAAAGGGAGGGCAGUGUCGCGGCGAACGCAGGAUGUGAUCGUACGCUUUACCAGCCAGGAUGGCACCGAAAUUGGUCGUUUGGAGAAAGAGUCGGCUUUGUGGAUUGGUGCACUGAUUGACCAAAAUGUGUGCCAUUUUGAAGGCCAUUGCAUCUUUGCGCCUGACCGCAUACGCACCAACGACACUGUCUACCUGCAACUCCGCUGUUUCGUUCCUCGUUCCGUGUUUCAAGCCGGUAACUUCCUCAAACCGAAUGACAACAAUCGGCAGACAGGACUAUUUGAAGCCAAAGAGACCAAUGAGGAGAGAGACCUGAGACUGCGCCAGAUAGGACUGGUCAAGCUGUUCUCAGAGAUCAACUUGCAUCCAUCGACCACCAGUGAAAUGGCCGCGAAGCACAAGCGAGAAGGCAUAUUACAGGCUGCUGAAAUGGCCGAGCAGUCAGAUCAGCAAGCAACCAAGACAAAGUCUACCCAAGAUCCAGACAAAGAGAACGGUGGUUCCAGUCCACCGUCUGAAGAGAACGAAGAUGGAGCGGAACUCGAGCAAGAUCAGCUGGACACCUUGUAUAAGAAAGCGCAAUCUUUCGACUUUGACACGCCCACGGCGGAACCCGCGUCAAGCUUURUCAUGGACCUGCGAAAAUACCAGAAGCAGGCUCUUCACUGGAUGCUGAACAAGGAGACGCGAGAAAAGGACGAGCACAAGCAGCAGAGCAUGCAUCCGCUAUGGGAACAGUACGAAUGGCCUCAAAAAGACGCCGAAGAUAAGGACCUUCCCGUGGUCGAAGGUCAAAACUGCUUUUACGUCAACCCAUACAGUGGCGAGAUGAGCUUGGAAUUCCCGGUCCAGGAGCAGACUUGUCUCGGCGGCGUCUUAGCGGAUGAGAUGGGUCUAGGCAAGACGAUCGAGAUGCUGUCUUUGAUCCACACCCACAAGUCUCCUGAACACCAGAACAUCAUCGCCGACGACACAGAUGUUCACGUUGAUGCAGUGAGCAGCCUUGCCAGACAGCCAAUGGCAUCAAGCACUGUCCGCAAAGCGCCGGCAACGACAUUGGUUGUUGCUCCGAUGUCUCUCCUUGCACAGUGGGCAAGUGAAGCGGAGAAGGCGUCCAAGGCCGGUACGUUGAAAGUGUUGGUAUACUACGGCAGCGAGAAAGGAGUCAACCUGCAGACCAUCUGCUGCGGCUCGAACGUAAGCUCGGCGCCAAACAUCAUCAUCACUAGCUAUGGUGUCGUCCUUUCCGAGUUUAACUCCGUGACCAACUCAUUGGGCGGCAAUCGAGCAGCUUCUGGUGGGCUCUUCGGAGUUGAAUACUGGCGUGUCAUCCUGGACGAAGCACAUAUGAUCAAGAACCGUCAGUCAAAGACGGCAAAGGCCUGCUACGAGAUUGCGGCGACGCAUCGUUGGGUCCUUACUGGAACACCCAUUGUCAAUCGACUAGAGGACUUGUUCAGUCUGGUACGCUUCUUACGAGUCGAACCCUGGAACAACUUCAGCUUCUGGAAGACUUUCAUCACAUCGCCAUACGAAAAGGGCGAUUUCAUGCGCGCUCUGGAUGUGGUGCAGACCGUACUGGAACCCAUCGUACUUCGUCGUACCAAGGACAUGAAGACACCCAACGGCGAGGCACUAGUUCCACUUCCUCCACGAACCAUUACUGUGGAGAAAGUCAUCCUGUCACCACCCGAACGCGAUGUGUAUUCUCACAUCUUUACGCGAGCUAAGAGAGCGUUUAAUGCCAAUGUUGAGGCAGGUACACUGAUGAAGAGCUACACGACCAUUUUCGCGCAGAUCCUCCGAUUGAGACAAAGUUGUUGCCAUCCAAUCCUAACACGAAGCAAGGCCAUACUAGCUGACGAGGAAGACGCGGCAGCUGCUGUAGAUGUAGCCAAUGGCCUCGCUGACGACAUGGACCUGGCCGAGCUGAUCGAACGCUUCGAAGCCGAUGAAGGCGAGCAGGACGCCAGCCGAUACGGUGCACAUGUUCUCAAGCAGAUCCAAGACGAAUCCGAAAUGGAGUGUCCCAUUUGCAGCGAGGAGCCCAUGGAAGAGCAAGCCGUGACUGGUUGUUGGCAUUCCGCGUGCAAGAAAUGUCUGCUCGACUACAUUGAACACCAAGUCUCCAAGAACGAGGUCCCACGAUGCUUCAACUGUCGCGAGCCGAUUACCGCUCGCGAUGUCUUCGAGGUCAUUAAGCAUGAUGAUGACGAAUCUGAUGAGGAUGAGGGCACCAUGCAGGUAGAUGCUCUCACCGCGGCGAUGGAUGUUGACAAUGGAGAAGAUUCGGACGAAGAAGAUUUGUACGGAAGCACGCAGACGAAAGGGAUUACUCCUUCGGCGAAGAAACCACGCAUCACUUUGAGGAGAGUCAAUCAGCUUUCGUCGGCGAAGAUCACGACUCUCCUUACGCAAUUGAAACGACACAAAAAGGCCGAACCGCGAAGCAAGUCCGUCGUCUUUUCGCAAUUUACAUCUUUCCUUGACAUUCUCGGCCCGGCGUUGGAGAAAAACAAUAUAUCCUUCCUUCGAUUCGAUGGCAGCAUGUCCCAGAAAGAUCGCGCAAGAGUUUUGACGGAGUUUGCUGAACGACCCAAAUUCACGAUCCUUCUCCUGAGUUUACGAGCGGGUGGCGUGGGUUUGAACUUGACUUGUGCGAAGAGAGUCUUCAUGAUGGAUCCAUGGUGGAGUUUUGCCGUUGAAGCGCAGGCCAUUGAUCGUGUUCAUCGUAUGGGACAGACGGAGCCUGUGGAUGUGGUUCGGUUUGUAGUCGAGGGAAGUAUUGAGGAGAAGAUGCUGCGGGUGCAGGAUCGGAAGAAGUUUCUAGCGAGCUCGCUGGGUAUGAUGAGUGAUGAAGAGAAGAAGCUGCAGCGUAUCGAAGACAUCCGGGAGCUGUUGAGCUGA